UUUUAGAUGAAGUUUAAUUUAUUUAAAAAUUUUAUUUAUUUGUCUCCUGCAAAAAUUCAACAGCGAGGUCUUCGUCAAUUUAUUUCUGCAGAAAAUAUUCCAAAAGCAUUUGAACCUCCAGCUUUUUAUAAACCCAAAAUUGAAUCACUUGAUACUAAAGAAGAUGAACCAAAUACUGAAUUAUUGCUUUCUGCUAGAGUUAGGCCUCAACUUUUAAGGCCAUACAUUGAUCCUGUUCCAAUAUUGCAACAUGAUAAUCCGCACAAUUUUAUGGAUAUUGUUACAAUUGAAAAACUUAUGAAUGCAAGAGUUCAUUUUGGUCAUAAGAUUGGGACUUUAAAUGAUAAUAUGAAAUGGGCAUUAUUUGGAGGUUUUUCUUUUUUUAAUUUAAAAAAAAGUUUUUUUAAAGAACGCCUCGGUGUUUGUAUUUUUGAUUUGGAAAUUACUCAAAGAUAUAUGGUUAGGGCUUUAAAUUUUAUUUCUGCAUUGUCUUAUUGUGAUGGAAAAAUUUUAUUUUUGACGACGAACAAAGCAUCAAUGUUAUUAGUAGAAGAAACAGCAGCAGAAUUAGGACAUUUCUCCCAUACUCGCCUUUGGCGGCAAGAUAUUUUUACAAACAGAAAGGAUCAUGUUGGUGGUCCAGUUAGAUUUCCAGAUGCAAUGAUUUUUUUGAAUACACAUACUUCUGCAAUGGAAAGACAUCCAGCAAUAAUUGAGGCAGCAAAAUUGUGUAUUCCAACUGUUGCUGUUGUUGAUUCUAAUUGUGACCCAAGUUACAUAAGUUAUCCAAUUCCUGGAAAUGAUGAUUCAAUAAGUUCAAUUGAAUUUUAUAUGAAAAUGUUUUCUGAAGCAAUAAAAAUUGGAAGAAAAAUUAAAGAAGAAGCAACAACUAAUGUUGAAUUAUUAAAAGAAAAUAAAUUAUUGAAAACUUCUCCUCAAAGAAUUUUACAACAAAAUAGACCAAAAAUGUUCAAACCAAUUUUUGAACAACAAAAUUUCCGUUCAAAUCAAAUUACAAAUAAAUUUAAAAGUAAAAGAAAGGCUGGAACCGGUGCUAAUAUGAUUCCAAUUGGAGAAAGACGAGGAGAAAAAUAG